AUGAAGAACGAGAAGGACGUCAGUUACACAGUUCACGAAUUUUCGUUCGCCAUGCAGGUGGCACCGGCCAGUGGUGGACAUGACGGUAGCACUGAGGGUGAGGGCCAUGACAACGAGUCCGGUGCAAGGGCCGAAGACGAUGAGACAUUCACGAGCGAUGACCGUCAAAAACCGAUGGGCAACGACGACGAUGGGUCUAAGGCUGAUGAGAGUGGAGACAGCAGUCGCGACAUCUCCAGCGAAACCGAUGCUGGUGACACUAAGGACGACGAAGAUACCUCAGAAUGGCAGUCGGAUGUAGAUGGAAGAGACAUGGACCUAUGCCCGGAUGAUGGUGGCCAUCCUUUGCCUGCCGGGAACUUGAGGUGA